AUGACACACCUUCAUCUUCGCCUUCUGUUUGGCAUCUUGAACAUUUUGGGGUUGCUUCUUCUAUCUUUCAUACCAUGGCCAACCCCCCCACCCAUUUUUGUUGGGUUGCCCGCAAUAAUAUUGCAGCUCAUCGCCAUCUUCUAUAAGAUCGAGUAUGUGCAUAUGGUUUGGCGAUGGAUUAGAUAUGAACCCGUGCAGCCUGCCUCAAAAGACGACAAGUUACCGUUUAUCAGCAUCGUUAUACCAGUCUUCAACGAGUCCGAGUUCAUUAAAAGCUCAAUCAAGUCUAUCGAGCUCUCGGACUAUCCUAAAGACAGGGUUGAACUGAUUGUCAUCGAUGAUGGCUCUACUGAUGACACAUGGAAACAUGUGAACGACGCUGCACGUUCAGUCUCCAUGUGCGGUAUAACACUUCGACUCUUACAGCAUGCCGUCAACAUGGGCAAAAGAAAAGCCAUACAAUCAGGAUUCGCUACUGCACUCGGAAGUAUCAUCGUAUCCCUCGACUCAGAUAGCGUGGUGGAGAAGGGUGCACUUCGCAACAUCGUGAGCCCUUUGAUGAAGGAUCCUUCGAUCGGUGCUGUGGCUGGACAUUUGGCUGUAUUGAACGUCUCGAGCCACACUACUUUCUCGCUUACAUGCCUUCUGCCGCGUCUUCUUGAUAUUGUCUUUGACCAUAUCGGUAACCUGCCGCGUUCGGCACUUUCAGCUGAAGGUUUUGUCACAAUCCUUCCAGGUGCCUUCUCUGCAUUUCGUGCAGAUGCCGUCCAAUGUCAUAUUGACGCUUUAUGUACAAGCACCUUCCUUGGCUCACCGUUGAAACACGGUGAAGAUAUGGAGCUAGCAUAUCGUAUUCUGAGCGACGGCUGGAAAACGGUUUACCAGAGCAACGCCGUUGUUCAUACCAUGGCACCUGAGACUCUCGAAAAGGCGUUACUGAUGUUUUCUCGCUGGGAGCGCACCAACUAUACCUUUCUCUGCAUGGGAUAUCCAGCUCUGACGGUACUAUGGCUUGCAAUGCGGCCGAGACGCACCCAGUCCUCCCUGGAAUUCUUGGAUAAAGAAAAGCAGGAAGACGAACCAUUUAUCACCAAAGACGGAACAGGGAGCAUAUAUCCACUUAUCAACGUGGCAUGUAUCUGGCUGAAAGGUCCACUGAUGAUCUUGGUCACUUACACCUUGCUUAGAAGUGUGAUCCUAUACCCCAGACAUGCUCUUUGGAUAUUAUUGGAAAUAUCAAUUCUGACAAUCUGGAGGAGCUUCAUGCUUAUCCCUGACGCCCUUCGAGAAAAAGGGACGGGUUAUGUUUCUGAUGUUGGCGGGCUACGAAUUUAUCACACUAGUGGUAGACUGGUAUGGCGAUUGGUUCUUUCCUGGCUUGCUGGGAUGUUUCAAUUGGUGAUUUUGAGUUGGACCUCAAUUCUCGGUCUUCUUACUUUAAAGAGCCAAAAGUGGUGGACAAGAUAA